AUGCCUAUGGUUUGGAAUGAUCAGGCGGAUGCCAAGCUCCUCCUAGCAAUCAUCACCAUGACCACUACCAAGCUCAAUCAUGCUGCUAUAGCGGAAUUCAUGGGUCCUGAAUGCACCGCCAGCGCAGUCCAGCAUCGCAUUCAGCGUGUCAAAGAGAAAGCCAAAAACGACCCUGCUCUCGGCAACAACGCGACAGAGGGGGGAACCCCAGAAAAAAAAAGGAGCAGGGUUAGGAAGAGCGCAGCCAGCACUGAUGAGAAUGCGCCUCCCGCUAACGACAACGAAGGCUCGGCCAAGAAGCCGAAGCGCACCCCGAAGAGAAAUCGUAAGACGAAGGCUGGGGAGGAGUGUGUCAAGAUGGAGGAGAACUUCAAAGUGGAAGACGACUUCAAAGUGGAAGAGAACGUCCUAAAUGAGAAUGGUUUAGAUGAUCCUUUUGCCUGA